CAUCCUCCAUCUGACAGCUGGUGUGUUUUGGUUUUUCGCUGCUCAGCUGUCAAAAAAAAACCUCUGGCCCAGUCAAAUCCGUAUUGAUCCGUGUUUUUCUAGGGGAAAAUCGCACGAAAAUGAGCCUCUUUCUGCGUACGGUGGCCAGAACUGGUGCUACGCAAUGGAUGCGUGCAUCCCUUUCGACGUCCUCGAUCGUGUGCAAGGAUCCAAAGGCACAGAAAGAAGCCCCAAUACUGGAUGCGAGCGUUGUCCUUGCCGGGGAAGCGGAACGUGCCCGUGAUCACCUGCCAACCAUCACCGUUCCUACGAAGGUCGAUAUUAGCCCCAUUACCGGUGUGCCGGAGGAGCACGUAAAGGAACGUCGUGUGCGUAUCUUUAUGCCGGCGAAGAACGCCAUGCAAAGCGGAACGGAUAACAUCCACCACUGGAGCAUCGAGUUCGAUAAUCGCGAGCGCUGGGAGAACCCACUGAUGGGAUGGUCCUCAACUGGCGAUCCGCUGUCGAACAUGCGCGUCGAUUUCACCAACGUGGACGAAGCGAUCGCACAUUGCGAAAAGAACGGCUGGAGAUGGUUCGUGGACAAGCCCGACAUUCAGAAGAAACCGCGCGUCAAGAACUACGGUAUCAAUUUUUCGUGGAACAAGCGCACUCGCGUGUCGACCAAGUAAAAGGGCGACAAUGGGAUCGCUCGCCAUGGUCGUUUAAUUACACUGUUAGAUCGUUGUAAAUAAGAGACACACCUUUGGAAAAAACAAUCGACCGUUUGAAACAUCAAUACAAACCAAGCCGAGGCUCGUGUUGAAUAUUGAA